UUUCCACAUAUAGUUUCCAAGUUUUCACGAUUUCUGGAAUUUGGGUUUUGAACAAUGGAAAUAUUGCUGAGUUCUUAUAAUUAUGUGCAAAUUACUGGUGAUUUGGACUGGUGCCUGGCAGAACACUAUCAUUUGUGAUUCACAUACUUGCUAGUCUUAGAGGAAGUUAGAAUCCUAUCUUAUAUAAUCUAGGCCUUACGCGGUUUUGAGGUGUUGGGUCGAUGUCGAAAUCCACUGUACGGAAGUAUGAGUGUGUGAUUACGCGAAGAGGAUUGACAUGAUGAUAGUAAGCAACGAUGACAACUUGGGUUUUCUUUCUCCCAUUAGUGCCGUGUUUACUUUCAUUACAUGGAAUGGGGGAAGUCAUGAAUCGACUAAGGAAAAGGAGUGGUGCGGAUCAACUAGCACUCCCUAGUUGAUCUGAUUGCUGAUUUUUCAGGAAUUGGAUUAUGGAUUUUAUUGUGGAACGCGUGAAUACAGAGGAAGUUCGGAAUGUGAAUAAUUGUUUAUGCAAGUGAUAUGCUAAGUUAAGUUCAUCUAAACUAUGGGAUGGGGAUUCAACUUGGGUGCAGAGGAGGGAGCACACUGCUUUUGGCUACGCCUCGCUCUGCAAGAUUUGGAAUAAUUUCAAUACCCAUGUUUUAGCAAACGUUGGAAAGUCAAAAAUCGGAAAAUUUCCAAUACCCAUUCCAUAAGUAAUAACCCAAACAACAUGAGCACAAUGGCAGCAGCGACGACUUCACAGCUCUCAUGCUUCUCUGCCAUGAAUUGCCAGCUCCGCCUCUUGAGACGUGCACUCCUUUGCCCAACCACUGCUCAUCCCAAGUCUUUGUCGCUUGUUGUCAUGAGUCUUGAAGGUGGUUCCAAGACCAAGACUAAUUUGAGUUACACAAGUGAUGCAUCAAAAGCAAAGUCGGAUCCCAUUUUAGAUGAUGAACUUGUUGCUCAGCCGAAGAGAGCGGCCAAGAUUCAUGAUUUCUGUUUUGGGAUUCCAUUUGGCGGGAUUGUUCUAGGUAGUGGACUUACUGGAUUUAUCUUUUCCAGAAAUCCUGCCACUUUGAGCUCUGGUGUGCUGUUUGGUGGGGCAUUGCUAGCCCUUAGCACCUUUAGCUUAAAGAUCUGGAGGCAGGGAAAGUCCAGUUUACCGUUCAUUCUAGGACAAGCAACUUUGGCGGCAGUCCUCCUGUGGAAUAACUUUCAGACUUACGCAUUGACGAAGAAAGUAUUUCCAACAGGCUGCUAUGCUGCCAUUAGUGCUGCAAUGUUAUGCUUCUAUUCAUAUGUCGUCCUCAGUGGAGGAAACCCGCCACCAAAGAAGUUGAGGCCAUCUGCAAGUGCUGCAUCGUUAUAGAAACUACCCGAAACGCCUCAUUAGGUAUUGAGGUUAUAAACUUUUGUAUGGUGGAAUUUUGCAUUAUGUAUACGAAUUAUAGAUGUUUUCUCAUGAAUAAGUAAGUUUUAAUUUUGGUCAAGCAGGAGGCUUGAAAUGUUUCCACCAAA